CGCACGCGAUCGUCAGCACGCUCGUUGUUCUGCACCAGCUUGCGAUCUCAAGAUUCUCAACCUCUGGCACCCUCUGUCGGUGUCUGUCUGUGUUCAAUUGCUAAGUGAUGGUUAUGCCCAGCGGUACGACGGUCCAAUGUCCUGUGUCUGAGAUGACUGUCAACACGAUGUGUGACAUACGGGAUCUUGUCCUAAAUUUCUUGGAAUUGAACGAACACGAAGCCAAUAUGCACGAUUACGUACAAGACGCGGGUUGCAUUGCUUUGGAUUGCGCUGCUCUUGGAGUAGGGAUAGAGGGUGACGACCUAGAGUCGGCACUUGCGACGGGUGGCGGGACCGACGCCGAAGGCGAUGUAUCCGAAGCCGUUCCGUCUGCCGUGGCUACGCUCCCUAGCAGUGCUGACAGAGAAGAGGGCGAAAUUUCCGAUGAUGAAGACGUCAAACUAGUACCAGUAGCAGCUUCCAGUCAUUGGUCAGGCAACGUACGGGUAGUUGCCAACGAUACGUCUACGAAGUCACCGGGCUUUGCGUAUCACACAAAACAGAACAAUAAGGUAGUUCUAAACGUCCCUAAUCCUGAAUAUGCUAUAACGGUCGCUGGCCCAAAGGCUCAAGCUGCGAGCAAUCCGAGCAGCGACAGACCGAAACGGAACAGAGCGGGUAAGGCAUCGCUCACACGUUACAGACAGCACAUCCAGCAGGAAAGGAAGAAGACACAGCGGCAUAUGGCUCAGCUACAAAGCCGGGUGUCUACGUCAGGUACUACGGCUGCGAUUACGUCUUUCGAUAUCAAGACGGACGUCAACAUUACCAGCACGGGCUGGCAGGGUCGAAAUGUCCCCGAAUGGUCGCGUAACGAUAUUACAGCCCGCUGGCGAGACGGAAGCAUAAGAGAUGAAGUAGCUAAGUUCUUACCUUUAGCUUACAUCGGCGAUGGGCCAGCAUCAACGCUGAAGGUCGUAGACAUUCAUGGACGACUGUUCCUCUAUCGCGGCUUUCCAGCUCCUUUUCUCAACGCGGAAGCCUUCGUUCACAUCCACAACAUGCUCCUUAGCAACGCCCUACUUGAUCCCAAGGAGAAAGAGAAGGCUGCAAAAGGGCAUCGCGGUCCCCAUCUCCCACGCAUUAUAGGUCAUUAUCGCCAGUCCAGCCCCCGUGUUACGUUGACAAAUUGGCACAAGAACAACAAAGAGCUUGUAGAUGGCCUUCUGGAAGAUGAGCUGUUUAUAAGGCUGAAUAAAUUCAUUGAGAGUACAGUUGAGGCUGUGUUUCCAGCUAUCUUUCAGAGGUUCAAAAAAUCAGCUGAGUGGCAUGCAGAGAACACAGGCUUCUAUCCUCUGUUUGGUGGAUUUUGGGAUUUUUGUCUCAAUGGCAUAUUCCCAAAUCAACCCCGUGUUCAUUGUAUGCCGCACUCUGAUGCCAAGAAUCCGGUGGGUAUAUGUGUGCUUAUGGUGUAUGUGCUACCAAACUCAAAGUUCAAUUCCAAGCAUAGAUCAUGGCUGGUAAUCUGGGAAGCAGGCAUUGUCAUAGAGGUUCCACCAUGGACCCCAGUAAUCUACCCAUCAUCCCUGUUUCUGCACUUCAACAUUGAUGUCCAUGAUAUCGAGUUCGUCCACACUGAUGGUAGUGUGCCUGAGAAGGACAAGCACAAUGUGAUAGAAGGAGACGAAUGUGGGCGUGGGUCUGCAGUUUGGUUCAAUAUGGCUACCAUGCUUCAAACUUCGGAAACCGGGCACGCAACAUUGAAGCAGGCGAAGGAUGCGCGCGUAAGCACCACGACAGACUAUGCGGUUGAUGUGGAGAAGUUCUUUCCCAAUAAUGUUGAGGCUUCAUGAGUGUGCUGCAGUACUGUAUUUACGUGCCUUUCAACAUUUGCAACGAGGCCAUUCACCACACCGUGCA